AUGUUAAAAACGGUUACAUAUGGGACGAGCUGUGCACCUUUCUUAGCUGUCAAGAGUCUUCAAUCAGCAGCAAAGGCCGAAGCGGAGAAAUUUCCAUUGGGUUCCAAAAUCACACUACGAGAUUUUUAUGUGGACAAUCUCAUAACCGGCAGUGAUACAAUAAACGAGGCUAUUGACAUCAAGAUACAGGUGACGGAUCUGCUGAAAAACUCUGGGUUUAUUUUACGGAAAUUCGGUGCAAAUAACGAGGAUAUAUUACAAGACAUUGCUUCGUCAGAUCGGGAGGAAAUCAUCACGGUGGAUGAUUUUCAAUAUAUCAAAACACUUGGACUUAAAUGGUCACCAACUGAUGAUGUCUUCACCUACGCCUACACUGACAUGCAUUCUUCCACAUCGAGGAUAACCAAAAGGGGUAUUUUAUCGGAAAUGGCCAGACUCUUCGAUCCUUUGGGACUGGUUAACCCUAUAGUUGUCAGGUGUAAACUUCUUUUGCAGAGCAUUUGGUCGCUUAAACUACACUGGGAUGAAACAGUAUCCCAGGAUAUUAUGAUGGAAUGGUCGAAUAUUCGACAACAGCUGUCAGUCGCAGAACAGUUCAAAAUUCCAAGGUUUGUUGCUUUCAAUAAUUCUACUAACAUUCAUGCAUUUGCAGAUGCCAGCACAAAAGCAUAUGGAGCUUGCAUUUAUGUGGUAACUCAGACUUCGGGAGGACUGCAUUCGUCACUCUUGUGUUCAAAAUCGAGAGUGGCCCCCCUUAAACACACAACAUUGCCGAGAUUAGAAUUAUGUGCAGCGGUGCUUGCCACUCAACUUUUGGAUUUUGUGCUUUCUCUGUUGCCCAUUCAGCCAACAAAUAUAGUGUGUUGGUCAGAUUCGUCAAUAGUGCUAUGUUGGAUUGCUGGGGAGCCAACACGAUGGACAACAUUUGUAGCGAACCGUGUCACCAAAAUUCACCGGAGCUGUUCAUCGGCAAAAUGGCGUCAUGUACCAUCACAGCUUAACCCAGCAGAUAUAGUGUCACGUGGUUCGACUGCUUUAAAUUUGAUCAAUAACGACUUGUGGUUUCAUGGACCCCACUUCCUAAGGGAAGACAUCAUAUUCUGGCCAGACGAAAUAACUUCACAUCCAGAGGACUCAAUAUGUGAAACCAGGAAAGUAAAGACAUCUUUACUAACAGUCGUCAAAGAAGAUUGGAUUUCCAGUCAUAAGUACAUCAACAACUAUGACAAAUUAUUAAGAAUUGUUGCGUAUGUCAUUAGAUACAUUGGGAUGCUACGUAAAGCAAAGAAUGUCGGCUCAACCAUAGACGUUGCUGAAAUAAACAAUGCAUUCAUUACAGUUUGCCGCAUUGUUCAGAAAGGUUAUUUCGCAAAUGAAUUUCGCUGCUUAGAAGCUCAUAAGCAGGUAGAUCGUCAAUCUAAACUCUCACAACUAUCACCAUUUUUGCAUGAUGGCUUAAUACGUGUUGGCGGACGCAUCCGAAAUGCCUGCUUGCCCUUUGCCGCAAAACAUCCAAUUGUUUUACCACCUGAUCAUCCAUUUGUUCACACCAUCAUCAGACAUUUUCAUCGACAACACCUCCAUGCUGGUGUUCUCACGCUACACAACAUCCUGCGAGAAAGUAUGUGGAUCAUCAAUGGAAGACGAGCAAUCAAAAAAGUUAUUCACGAUUGCAUACUUUGCUAUAGAUACAAACCCAUCACCGAAACACAAAUCAUGGGUGAUCUACCAAAAGAACGAGUUCAACAGACGUUCCCAUUUGCCGUAUCGGGAGUUGACUACUGUGGUCCUUUCUUCAUAACUCAGCAAAUAAGAGGCAGAUCACCCAUAAAGGUUUAUAUUGCGGUUUUUAUUUGUUUUUGUGUAAAGGCAGUGCAUUUCGAGUUGGUUCCUGAUUUAACCACAAACGCAUUUAUAGCUGCACUGAAACGUUUUGUAUCCCGCAUGGAAAACUCUGGGUUUAUUUUACGGAAAUUCGGUGCAAAUAACGAGGAUAUAUUACAAGACAUUGCUUCGUCAGAUCGGGAGGAAAUCAUCACGGUGGAUGAUUUUCAAUAUAUCAAAACACUUGGACUUAAAUGGUCACCAACUGAUGAUGUCUUCACCUACGCCUACACUGACAUGCAUUCUUCCACAUCGAGGAUAACCAAAAGGGGUAUUUUAUCGGAAAUGGCCAGACUCUUCGAUCCUUUGGGACUGGUUAACCCUAUAGUUGUCAGGUGUAAACUUCUUUUGCAGAGCAUUUGGUCGCUUAAACUACACUGGGAUGAAACAGUAUCCCAGGAUAUUAUGAUGGAAUGGUCGAAUAUUCGACAACAGCUGUCAGUCGCAGAACAGUUCAAAAUUCCAAGAUCGCACAUUGAUAAAAUAUUCGCCAUUAAAGAUUCCACGAAACAGACUGCCGCCGAAUUAAGAGAUUUCAUUGAUUGUGUAAAUGGCAAUGUUCGUGCUCUCCAGUCAAUAGCAUCAAAAGACCAAAUAGCAAACGGAAUAUUGCUUCAUUUACUUGUUUCUAAAUUGGACGCCGAUACACAGGCCAAAUGGGAAGAGGAGAUAUUUGCCAAGUGGGACAAUGGUGAAAUCACACAAGGUCUUCAGUUGCCAGAGUUAAAGGAUCUUUCGUCAUUUUUGGAAAGAAAAUGUAAAAGCUUGGAUUUAGUUUUCAAUUGUUCCAAAUUUAUUGAUAUACAAUAA